GCGUACGCUAAACCGGCGUCCCGAUCAUUUUAAUAGGAACAGUAAAACACUUCCCUACUGGAGCUGGUAGCAAUUACGUCAAAACGCCCAAAAUUUUGAAAAAAAAAAACACACUUUCAUCCACGACAGCAAGGAUUUCUAGGGUUUCGUCUGAAUCGGUAAGCGAUGGCGAUGGCUGCUCUCAGACGCGAAGGGAGGCGUUUCGCCCCUCUGAUCUCUCCUCGUCCGAUAACCGCUGUCAGAUCCUCUCCUCUCUAUCCUACUCUUGAGGAUGAGGGUCCUCUUGGGCUUCGUCAUAUUUCGACUCAAGUUGUUAGAAACCGGAUGAAGAGUGUCAAGAAUAUUCAGAAAAUCACAAAGGCAAUGAAGAUGGUUGCAGCCUCGAAGUUGAGAGCAAUUCAAACAAAAACUGAGAAUUCUCGUGGCCUCUGGCAGCCAUUUACUGCACUUCUUGGCGAUCUUCCCAGUGCUGAUGUAAAGAAGAACGUUGUUGUCACCAUCUCUUCAGACAAAGGUCUUUGUGGUGGAAUUAACUCUACAUCUGUCAAGAUAAGCAAGGGGCUCCAUAAGUUGAACUCUGGUCCUGAAAAAGAAACAAAAUAUGUUAUUUUGGGAGAGAAGGCAAAGGCUCAAUUAGUUCGUGAUUCUAAAAAGGACAUUGAGUUAAUCAUAACUGAGCUGCAGAAGAAUCCUUUGAACUACACUCAGGUCUCUGUUCUUGCUGAUGAGAUUUUAAAGAAUGUGGAGUAUGACGCUUUGAGGAUUGUCUUCAACAAGUUUCAGUCGGUAGUUUCAUUUGUGCCAACAGUUUCAACUGUAUUAUCACCUGAAAUAGUUGAAAGGGAAGCCGAAUCUGGGGGAAAGCUUGGUGAUCUAGACUCCUAUGAAGUUGAGGGUGGUGAGACUAAGGGCGAAAUACUUCAAAAUCUGGCAGAGUUUCAGUUCUCUUGUACUAUGUUCAAUGCGGUGUUGGAGAAUGCUUGUAGUGAGCAAGGAGCACGGAUGUCUGCUAUGGAUAGCUCGAGUAGAAAUGCUGGUGACAUGCUUGAUCGCCUUACUCUCACAUAUAACAGAACCCGUCAAGCUUCAAUCACAACUGAGUUGAUUGAGAUUAUAUCAGGAGCAUCGGCAUUAGAGGGUUAGUUUUAAACAUUUUAGUGCUCGAUUUUUCUGACGAUGACGAAAUAAAAUCUCAGUGGACCCUUUUCUUUUUUGAAUGUGUUGUCGAGCUACUGUAUGAUUCCCCCAAUGUUGAAACUUAUUUCAUUUCUGGGAAUCGAAACUAAUUCUAUGGCGUCUUGAGAUAUUUUACGUAUUUCUUUCUUAAAACAUGUACCUGCCCGCGUCUGAGGAUGCGAAAGAAGAAUUAUAUGUUAUUUUCCCUAUUUUCCCCUCAUCAAAUGCAAUGUGAAUGUGCUGCUCAAAAUAACCAUCAAGAGGAGCUGCAACCUAA